GUGCCAACCGCGUGCUUGUUCGCUGCCGCGAGCGUCGGGGCGAGCGCUACGCAACGCCGUUGCUCGCCGUGACUCAUCGCUGGGCGAGAGCGCAGCAGUUCGCGUCGCCCAGAAACUACUCAGUACGGUUCCUCGCUUCCCGUGCGACGCCACACCGCUCGACCUCCCCGAUCGCAGUCGGAUAAGCGACGGAAACUUAGUUUGUGCACUGGUUCUUCACGUCCUACCUGCUGCCUUGCUUCGAUAACGUCGUAGCAACGGUCGUCUUCGCACAUUUUUUUCCCCAGCCCUGUCGCCCAGUUCCUGGUUUCACUCCGGAACGUAUGUCCUGUGGAGCUAAGGUGUCCGUCCCCAGCGCCAUGCUGGAUUCCCGACCACGCCAGCUCCAACUCCCGCUGGCGCCACGCUCUAUGGCGACGUCUUCCACGACGUCGUCCACGACGUCUUCGUCGACGUCGGGUACCAACGGCGGCGGUCUGCUCCCCUACCGUCGUCGCAGCAGUGCCACGUCCUCCGAACCCUGCGGACGGGUCGUGCGCCUCCUGACGCCCACGGAACUAGUCGACUCCUGGUACCGGGACUGUGGACCUCGGCUACUCCUGGUGGACUGUCGGCCCUUCCUGAGCUUCAACGCGGGCCGCAUCAAGUCUGCUGUGAACGUUAACUGCGGCGACCGCAUUACGAGACGGCGACUGCAGCAAGGACGUCUUGCCCUGUGGGAUCUGGUGGCGUGCGGACAGGCCAGGGAGCAACUCCGUCGCGCGCGGGACAUUGUGGUCUACGACGACUGCACGGGAGACUUGGAGUGUCCGCAGCCGUCGAGCUCCUUGUCGCUGGUGCUCGCGGUGCUCUGCCAGAACGGCGCCAAGCCGGCCGUGCUCAAAGGCGGCUUCAAGGAGUUCCAGCGGCAGUACGCGCACGAGUGCACCAGUUCCGCGAGCCCCGAGGACUCCGGCUCGCCGCCGGAGCCCGUGGACAAGGACCUGACGGCGUGGCCCGUGACCCGGGUCCUCCCGUUCCUCUUCCUGGGCAACGAGCGGGACGCCCGGGACGCCGACCUCCUGGACCGCCUCGGCGUCGGCUACGUCCUCCACGUGACGACCACCCCGCCGCCAGGGCUCCAGGCCAGGCACGGUCCGGGACUUCGCUGCAAACGUCUUCCCGCCUCCGACAGUUGCCACCAGAACCUCAAGCAGUUCUUCGAGGAGGCGUUCGCCUUCCUAGACGAGGCCCACGCCAACGGCAGCCGUGUGCUGGUCCACUGCCACGCGGGCAUCUCCCGCUCACCAACCAUAACGGUGGCCUACCUUAUGCGCCACCUGCGACUGCCCCUGGUGGAUGCGUACCGCUACCUCAAGGCCAAGCGACCCAUCAUCUCGCCCAACCUCAACUUCAUGGGACAGCUCAUGGAGCUCGAACAGAACCUGGCCCAGCAGCCCGAACAGGCGCCGUGCGCCCAGUGUUGCCGGGCUUCUGCCACGCUGCUCCAGCUGCUCGCCGCCGAACCGACCUGCGCCGGCGUCUGACGUCACUGGGAGACCAAUGACGUGAGCCGUCCACGGGAAGGGGACCAAUCAGCGACGUCGCCGCCAUCAGCCUUCUAGUCCGCUGGGACGCCAUCAUUGCGUUCUGACAGUUCCACGUUGAACUUCGCGCCGCUGCGUCGUUUUUCUUCGCUUGUGAUGUCCCUCGUGUCAGCAGCCACGAGUGUGCCAGCGUCGGGACACAGGUUGCCUGUUGUGCCAUCGAGUGCGCCCAACAAGUGCGCCACAAUUGCAUUUCGGCUGCGAACGGACUCGUUCUUGCGUGGCAGCCGACCAAGGACAGCUCCGGCACCCAAAUAAAGCCGACCUUUAUACACUCCUAA